CUGGAAUUUGCUCAGUGCGCUCAGUCAGUGAGUCAGAGGCAGGCGCACGGUGAGAAAACACUGACCACUCCAGCACUACUCCUCCACUUUCAACUUCAAGGUCUGCUGCCAGAGAUGGACAACAUCUACGAAACACUAGAUCACGAUGAUGUUCCCGCAGGACGCGAUCGCGUUGAGCCCAAGUAUGAGAACCCGGGUGAGGCGAGGGAGCAGCUGUACAGCGAGGUGCUGGUCCACAGGUCGUCUCGGGAGGAAGACCGCAGCUCCCCGGAUUACAUGGAGAUCAGGGAAGGAGGCAAACACAGCGACUCCUCUUCUUCAUCCAGCGACGACGAGGACGCUAAAACGAGAAAGGAAAAAGUGGAGGCACAGGUGCAGGAGGUGAGCGGCGAGGCGCACAACGGAUCCAGGCGCUCAUCCUCCUCCUCAGAUUCAUCCGCCUCACCCGGAGAUCCUUGCGACGACCCGCCGUUUCAGAGGAAGAUCCAGGAAGAGGAUAACGCCGAGGAUGGGAUGAUGAUGGCCUACAGCCGCCCUAAAACUGACCCCGAGCCGCAGGAGUCUGUCGACUACACACUUAAAACUCUGGAAAGUGUCACUUUGGAUGAAAGCAGCUCUGCGCCAGCUGAUCCCAACCAACCUAACAUCGCCCUGUACAUUAAGGCGGGCAGCGAUGGAGAAAGCAUCGGCAACUGUCCCUUCUCUCAGCGCCUCUUCAUGAUCCUCUGGCUCAAAGGAGUCAUGUUCAACGUCACGACCGUCGACCUCAAGAGGAAGCCGGCAGAUCUGCACAACCUGGCUCCAGGGACGCACCCUCCUUUCCUGACCUUCGAAGGAGAGGUCAAGACAGACGUCAACAAGAUUGAAGAGUUUCUUGAGGAGACACUCUGUCCUCCAAAGUAUCCCAGACUGGCUGCCAAGCACAGAGAGUCCAAUACAGCUGGAAACGACAUCUUCGCCAAGUUCUCAGCCUACAUCAAGAACACCAAACCAGAAGCCAACGCUGCUCUAGAGAAAGGUUUAACCAGAGCCCUGAAGAAGCUGGAUGAUUACCUUAACAACCCGUUGCCAGAUGAGAUCGAUGCAAACAGCAUGGAGGAGGAGAAGGGCUCCAACCGAUGCUUCCUGGAUGGGAACGAGUUCACUCUGGCAGACUGCAACCUCCUGCCCAAACUCUACAUAGUGAAGGUUGUCGCUAAGAAAUACCGCAACUACGACAUCCCGGCGGAAAUGUCGGGGGUGUGGCGCUACCUGAACAACGCCUUCACGCAUGACGAAUUCACCAACACCUGCGCUGCUGACACUGAGAUCGAGACCGCCUACAAAGACGUGGCGAGGAGACUGGCCAAGUAGCCUGACCUGAGCGCAAGGAAAAAUAAACCAGCAACACACAUCAUAAAGAAAACAUCCCCCAUGAACGUAACACGCGACUGUCCUUUGUGAGUCUUCUUCCUGAGAUCCUUGUCUGUCAUAAUAAACAAGUCCGAUGUCUUUGUUUCAGCUCCAGAUGUGGAUGGACUUUAGCUAUUCGGUGCACAGUGUGUAUGGUAUUUCAAUCACCUCGGCAGAGACACGGCAAAGCAGAAGUGGAGCAGAAGAUAAAUCAAACACAUUUAACGUGAUUCGCAUUUCAAAGCCAGGUUCCA